AUGACUGAUAGUACAACAAACGAUUCUGAUGGAACCACUGCGAUAUCCAUUGAGGAAACAUCUGGCAUAAGACUUGAUCCUGCAGAGGAGCAAAUUUUAAAAGAUCAAAUUCAUGUUCCUGAAAUAAAAGAAUCCUAUUUUACUUUAUAUCGGUUCGCGACAAAAUUUGACUGGAUGAUUAUGUUUAUUGGAUUAUUGUUUUCAAUUGGCGCAGGUGCUGCAAUGCCUGUAACAACGAUAUUUUUCGGAAAAAUGGUCGAUUUUUUUACCCGUUUUCAACUUCACGAAAUAAGUCCCGAUGAAUUUUCCGCCAAAAUUAGCUAUUUCUCUCUAAUUUUUGUAUACCUCGCAAUUGCCAUUUUCGUUGCUACAUAUGCUUCUAUUUCAACUUGGGUAUAUACUGGUGAAAGACUUGCUCGACAAAUUCGAGAACGAUAUCUUCGUGCUAUUCUUAGGCAAAACAUCGCUUAUUUUGAUCAAUUUGGUGCAGGUGAAGUUACAACUCGCAUUACUUCCGAUACACAUCUAAUACAAGAUGGUAUCAGUGAAAAAGCUUCACUCGCUCUUCAAUUGGAAAAUGUCUCUUGUUUAAAUCACUAUUCUCGUGCUGGAAUAAUCGCCGAAGAAGCUAUUUCGACGAUCAGAACUGCGGUGGCUUUUGGUGCUCAAAAGAAACUAUCUGAUCUUUACGAUGCUUACUUAAUUGAUGCAAGAAAAGAAGGUUAUAAAAAAUAUUUGUUAAAUGGCUUUUCUCUUGGAUUCAUGUUUCUUGGCAUCUAUUCAACUUAUGCUUUAGCCUAUUGGUUUGGUUCUACAUUAAUUAUUAGUAAUGAAUUGUCUUCUGGACAAGUCGUUAAUGUAUUCUUUUCUGUUUUAAUUGGUGCUUUUGCUCUGUCAAAUCUUUCUACCGAUUUACAAGCUUUUAGUUUUGCUACUGGCGCUGGUACAAAAAUUUUUGAAACUAUUGAUCGUGUUCCCCCAAUCGAUAUUACUUCUGAUUCUGGUGACAAACCUGAAAAUGUUCUUGGUCGUAUUCAACUUAGAAAUAUAAAUUUCAUUUAUCCGGCUCGUCCUGAGAUUAAAACUUUAAAUGGUGUAUCAUUGGAUGUUGAACCUGGUUCUACUGUUGCUCUCGUUGGUUCUUCGGGUUCGGGUAAAAGUACGAUUGUAUCACUCAUAUUACGUUUUUAUAAUCCCAUCUCUGGUGAUGUACUUCUUGACGGACGGGAUAUUAAAUCACUUAAUUUAACUUGGCUUAGAAGACAAAUAAGUCUUGUUGGUCAAGAACCCGUACUUUUUAAUACUACGAUAGCUGAAAAUGUAUCUCACGGAUUAAUCGGUUCAGUUUAUGAAAAUUUAUCUGACGAUAAAAAACAUGAAAUGAUUGAAAAUGCCUGUAAAAUGGCUAAUGCUCACGAUUUUAUUAUGAACCUUCCUAAUAAAUAUGAAACUAUGGUUGGUGAACGUGGAUUUUUAUUAUCUGGUGGUCAAAAGCAACGUAUCGCGAUUGCUCGUGCUAUAAUUAAAGACCCAAAAAUUUUAUUACUCGACGAAGCUACUAGUGCUCUUGAUACAAAGAGUGAAGGUAUCGUUCAAGACGCGUUAGACAAGGCUUCAAAAGGUCGCACAACAAUUGUUAUUGCACAUCGUUUAUCUACUAUCCGUAAUGCGACAAAGAUUAUAGUGAUGAAUAAAGGUGUUAUUGUGGAAUCUGGUACACACAAAGAACUCAUGGAUGUAAAAGGCUAUUAUAGUAAACUUGUAGAAUCUCAACAAAUUAAUCAAGUUCUAACGGCUGAAGAAAACCCUGAUAUAUUAAGUUCAUCUGUAAUUCCACCAGGAGAUAUAGUCUCUAUUAAGAAUAAGGAUGAUAUAAUACCUGAUGAAGAUAAUAUAAUUCAUCGCAUCACAACUAAUAAAUCCGUUUCAUCUGCUUUUUUGGCUAAGCAAAAAGCUGAUGUUGAAAAGGGUGUGAAAAAUGAAGAAGAUUAUACCACUUGGGAGUUGAUCAAAAAAAUAGCAUACAUUAAUAAACCUGAAUUUCUUAUGCUUGUCAUAGGUUUAUCUGCAGCAACUGUCAAUGGAUGUGUUUAUGCGGUUUUUGCACUUAUCUUUUCUCAUGUUCUUCAAGCAUUCUCAGAAACUGGUGAUAAUUUACGUCACGAAGCAACUUUUUGGGCCCUUAUGUUUCUCGUAAUUGCUGUGAUAACCUUUAUGGGAAAUAUUAUCCAAGGUAUCUGCUUUGGAUUUUCGGGUGAAAGACUUACCAAACGAAUUCGAUCCAUGUCUUUUACUGCUAUUCUACGACAAGAUAUUUCAUUCUUUGAUGAAGAAAAACAUAGUGUAGGUAUUCUGACUAGUCAAUUAUCAUUAGAUGCAACUCAUGUUAAUGGUUUGGCCGGUUCCUCACUUGGAGGUAUAUUGCAAGUAGUGGCUACGAUCCUUUCUUGCAUCAUAGUUGCUCUUGUAACUGGUUGGAAACUCGCUUUAGUCUGUUUAUGUUGUAUUCCUUUGUUGGUUGGUUCUGGUGCAUUACGUAUGAAAAUGUUGAAUGGUUUUCAACAAAAAACUAAGAAAGCUUAUGAACAUUCUGCGCAAAUUGCUUGUGAAGGUGCUAGUAAUAUUCGAACUGUCGCUGCUCUUACUCGUGAAGAAGAUUUAUGGAAUAUAUAUCAUCAUUUACUAGAUAACCCCAUGAAAGAAGGUUUUAAAAAUGCUUUCUUGGCUUCAACUACUUUUGCUUUCGCACAAUGUGUCAACUUUUUCGCAAAUGCUUUAGCAUUUUGGUAUGGAAGUAAAUUAUUUAUGAAUAGUGAAUAUGAUCUUCAAAAAAUGUUUACAGUCUUCAUGGCAAUUAUCUUUGGAUCAAUGUCUGCUGGUCGUGUCUUUGCUUAUGCUCCUGAUAUGGCCAAAGCAAAAUCCGCAUCUGCAACCAUACUAUCAUUGUUAGAACGUAUUCCCUUAAUUGAUACUUGGCGUCAAACUGGUAAAAAAGUUGAAACUAUUGAAGGUCAUCUUAAAUUCACUGAUGUCCAUUUCCGUUAUCCAACUCGACCUGGGAUUCCUGUCCUUCGAGGUUUAAAUUUAGAAGUCAAACCUGGUCAAUAUGCAGCAUUAGUUGGACCAUCAGGAUGUGGUAAAAGUACUACAAUAGGUCUUACUGAAAGGUUCUAUCAAGUAACGAAUGGUAGUGUUACAAUUGAUGGAAUUAAUAUUAGUACAAUGAAUGUGAACAAUCUUCGAGAACAUAUUGCUCUUGUAAGUCAAGAGCCAUCAUUAUAUGAUAUGACUAUCAAGGAAAAUAUUAUUUUUGGUUGUCGACCUGGACAAAAUAUUACUCAAGAUGAUAUAGAAAAUGCUUGUCGGGAAGCAAAUAUUCAUGAAUUUAUUGUUGGAUUACCUAAUGGUUAUGAUACGCGCGUUGGUGGAAAAGGAGCACAACUUUCUGGUGGUCAAAAGCAACGAAUUGCUAUUGCCAGAGCACUUAUUCGAAAUCCAAAAAUUUUAUUACUUGACGAAGCAACAUCAGCUCUAGAUUCAGAAUCAGAAAAGGUUGUACAAAGAGCUCUUGAUGCAGCAGCUCGAGGAAGGACAACCUUGGCUAUCGCACAUAGAUUAUCAACAAUUCAACAUGCUGAUGUUAUAUUUGUAAUAAAAGAUGGAAAAGUUCAUGAACAAGGUACACAUCAAGAAUUAAUAAACCUAAAAGGAACUUAUAAUAUGAUGGUACAAGAACAACAUUUGGGAGAAUCAAAUUAA